GGGCGAGAGGGAGGGAGCGCGGGGGCGGGGUCUGCCGAGUAGGUCGAGCAAAAGAUGAAGGCCAUGGAACGUGAGAAAGAUGAGAGGCAAGUGAUCAUUUUGAGAACGCGGCGAAAGACGAGACGAGAAGAACGACGCGAGAGGGAGAGGCAGGCAGAGCAGGUCUUCACCUCUGCAAGGGUUUGAGAGAGAGAGAGAGAGAGAGAGAGAGAGAGAGAGAGAGAGAGAGAGAAAGAAAGAAAGAGGCAGGGAGGCAAAGGAGGUCGGGUCUUUGUCUCGAGGAAGGCGAUCGAGUCGAGAGCUGGAAAAACCUGCUGCAGGCUUUUGUUCUACACAUUGCUGCUUGAGGGCCUCUUUCAGCUGAUUCCUUUCAGUGUAGUUUUUCCCACAUCCUUUCAAAUAAGUCGCAAUGCGCCCAGGAGGCAUAUCUCAUAUAUCUUAUCUCAUGGCCCUCAGAGCUUUUCCUUCGAGAUUCUCACUCAGCAGCACCUUCUGGUGCCCUUUCCUCUGUCCUCGUUUUCCUCCACUUGUCUUCUCUUCUCUGCAAAUGCUCCUGUUUCCUUCUCCUACUCCACAGCUGCACUGCAAGCUCGUAGGUGAGGUUCCUGUUCGCUGGCGUGCGAGGAGAUACACUAGUGGUCAUGGCGGAUGACUCUGCAUCUCCAGAGGUGAUCCACAGUGAUCAUGACGAAGAGCAAGUGGACAUCGAUGGUGAUGUCGACCCCGAAGACGAAGAAGUCGACGGAGCCGUCGAGGUUGACGACGAAGAGAAGGGUGAGGGGCAGGAAGGUCUCGAUCUUGAAAUGCAUGAAGAUGAAGGAAUUGGGUAUCAAGAUGAUCCUGAUCAAGAUCAGGAGCUAGAGAGUGGCAUGCCCAACGGUGAGCACGGAGAGGAUGAUGUUGUUGAUGCCGUUGAUGGUGCUGAUGAGGAAGAGGAGGAUGAAGAUAUUGUUACUGAAGAAGUACAUAAAGAAGUGGAGAAGGAAGAGAAAGACGGUGAGAAAAGCGGAGAGUUACUCACGCGUCCUCCCCAUGGAUCAGAGGUGUUUGUUGGAGGAGUCACUCGCGACACAGCCGAGGAGGAUCUUCGAUCUCUCUGCCAAAAUUGUGGCGAUAUCUACGAGGUACGGCUAUUAAAGGAUAAGGACACAGGGCAAAACAAAGGUUAUGCCUUUGUGACAUUUACUACGCGAGAGAGUGCGGAGAAAGCAAUCGAGACCCUCAAUGACACAGAUUUGAAGGGAAGGAAGUUGCGAUUUUCUCAUUCUCAGUCCAAACAUAGAUUGUUUGUCGGCAACAUUCCGAAAAACUGGGAUAAGGAUGAGCUGGAGAAGGUUUUAGCUGAACAAGGACCAGGGAUCCAAAGCGUUGAGCUUUUGAAGGAUCCAAAAAAUCCUGGUAAAAAUCGAGGCUUCGCUUUCGUCGAGUACUACAACCAUGCAUGCGCUGAGCAUGCCAGAAGGGUCAUGUCGAAACCUAAUUUCAGGCUUGGAAGCAAUGCUCCCACCAUUAGUUGGGCUGAUCCCAGAGGUGGAGCAGAUACCACCUCAAUGUCACAGGUGAAAGUAGUUUAUGUCCGCAAUCUUCCGGAUACAGUAACGGAAGAACAGCUACAAAAGCUCUUUGAGCACCACGGGGAGGUCACGAAGGUUGUCCUUCCAUCGUCCAAGCCAGGGCAAUCAAAGCGGGACUUCGGAUUUGUACAUUUUUCUGAACGGAGCAGUGCUCUCAAGGCCAUCGAAAAGACGGCAACUUAUGAACUCGGUGGCCGGGUACUUGAAACGUCUUUGGCCAAGCCACCAACAGAGAAGAGACCCCUAGGUUUGGAACCUGCUUAUCCACCGCAAAGAGCUGGACUUUUGCCUCAGUAUCAAGCCCGAGCAGGAUAUGGUUAUGGAGCCGAUAUAUAUGGUGGUGUUGGGGGAUACGGGCCCACACGGGGUUACAAUCAGCCUGUCAUCUAUGGAAGAGGACCUGCACCUGCAGGAAUGACCAUGGUUCCAAUGCUGCUGCCAGACGGACGUGUUGGAUACGUAUUGCAACAACCAGGUAUUCAGCAAGGAGGUUCAGCGUCCUACAGAGGUGGUAGAGCCGGUCAUGGCUUGCUGCCCUAUCGACCCGGGGGAGGUGGAAGUGGCGGUGGCGGAAGUGGCGGAGGUUCCAGUGGAAGUGGUGGCCGUCGCUAUCGACCGUACUGAGUUGUCUAGGAUAUUGCGUACCUGGCAAAGUGUUGUUUAGUCUGGUUUAGAUAAUGUGGGACGUAGAAGUCGGAACGCGAGCAGGUCAUUGUCUUCUCUUGGAGUUCUUGGGUGUAGCCGUGACCCUUGUGUAUCUCGUUGACCUGUUUAAGAGAAGUGAACUGGACUUCGAAGAGCUGCUGCGUAGGAUAUGAGGUGCAGCAGGUCAAAUAUCAAGCUGAAGACAAAGUUUUAAAGUCCUAGAUAGAAUGAACGCGCCAUCGUCCCUUCAUGGCCAAAACAAGCAGUGGAACUGUAUCUCAGCAGUCAAGUCCAGAUUAUGAACAAAAACUUUGUAGCGCUGUAGCAGCCGCUACAUCCUGGUAUGCUGGUUAGGAAGCAGUCCCCUGCUUGAUGAUUGUAAAGUAACACAUGUUUGAUGAAUACAAUUUACUGUGGUAAUAUACGGAGGACAAAUGGGAGCAAGCG